GUUUAAUUGUAUUGAGAAUCGAACUUAUAAAUAGCACAAGAAAAAUAAUCGAUUCCUGGCACCCGGUUGUAAGUGAAGUGAGGCUUCGCCUGGUUUCAUUUCACCGCAAGUUGGUGAUUCCAUUCAAACUCUCACCGUAUCCAAAUACUACGUUUUUGUUUUUGCAACAUCCCCUUCUGCAGUCAAUGCAUUUCGUCUUAUAUAUAAACCCAAACCCAAUUUAGGUUUAAGGUCCACUCUUUCUAGAAGCAGAAAUGGCAUCCAUGGCGGAGAAAGAGGUGCCGAAGCUCAAGCUGAAGCCUCGACGAGUCAAAGGCCACGACGAUAGCACAACCUGCUGCAUUUCCUCACGCGAACGCUCUCAUCUCUUAGUCACUUCCGGCGAUGAUGGUCGUGUUUGCUGGUUUGAUUUGCGAUGCCCUGAUGUGCCGCAACUAGUUAUGGAUGUUAGUGUGGAGCCAGUUUCGUCUAUUUGUUUCAAGUCAGGGAUGGAAGAUACGAUUUAUGCCGCCUCUGGAAAGGAAAUCAAAGGUUUUGACGUGCGAUUGGCUGCUGCCCAAUGGAAGCCAUUGGAGAGUUAUAAUUAUAACAAAGAGGAGAUAAACAAGGUUGUAUGCAACUCAAAGUCCUCAUUUCUUGCUGCAGCUGAUGAUAAUGGUGAGGUUAAGAUAAUUGACAUUCGCCAACAAUGCCUGUAUAAAACACUACGAGCUGGUCAUACAAGUAUAUGUAGCACUGUGGAGUUCCUUCCUUGGAGAUCUUGGGAAGUCAUUAGUGGAGGUCUUGAUUCAAUGCUCAUGUUGUGGGACUUCUCCAAAGGGCGCCCCUACAAAGUAGUGGACUUCGCUACUUUUGAUGUGAGUAGUAGCGUUGCAGGCCGGUGUGUCAACCCUGCUUUUGUUCAUGCAAUAGCUGUUCCAGAAGUUGAUAUGGUAGAUAAAUUAGACAAAAUAUGUGCUGUUGCUAGGGGUGAUGGAGCUAUUAAUGUGAUUAAUAUCGAAACAGAAAUGUCUUCUACAAAAUCAAAAAGCUCUUCAAAUUCUCGAAAAGGAUCACACUCAAGAUCAAAAGAUGGUAGUUCGUCUAGCAAAACAGAGGCAGAUCAAAAUGAAAAGAAGAGGUUGCAUUUGGAUUACACUUUAGGUGGUCAUACUGCGGCUAUUUCCAGCCUGGCAUUUUCAAUGUUUGGGGAAAGAGGAAAAUUCUUGAUAUCCGGAGGAAAUGAUAAGUUGGUGAAGGUAUGGAAUUGGUCCCUUUUUCUAGAGGCUGGAUUAAGUGAGGAUGACAACAAUGAUAUCCUACAUUUGAACAUUGAAGUACCUCGAAAAGUCAAUUGGCUGUGUACCACCUCAGCUGAUACAGACAACCUUGUUGUGUGUGAUACGUCUAAAAUAGUAAAGGUCUACUCCAUAAAGGUGCUGCAAAACCAAAAGAUGGUGCAGUCUGGUGUUCCCCUCUGCCAUACUUGUGGGGAACAAGUGGGACUAAAUGAUAAUGGGGAGGUGUUCGUGGCUUGUCAUGAAUGCAAUUUCCCAAUUUGCAAGGAUUGUUUUGAGCAUGAGCUCAAUGAAGACCAUAGGGUCUGCAUGAAGUGUGGCACUCCCUAUGAAGAGAGAACAAAGAAGGAGGAGGAUUUCCAUGAGAUAGAAGUUCAUGAAAAUCAAUCCACGAUGGCUUCCGAAAUCAGUAACUCUCAGGAUGUUGGACUCCACGCUAGACAUGUCAGUUCAGUAUCCUCGGUUGAUAAUGAAGUAAAAGAAGAAUCUGGAAAAUCCUUUUGGAAAAAUAGAGUUGAAAGCUGGAAGGGAAAGGAUAAAAAGAACAAGAAGAAAAAGGCUGCACCAAAUGUAGAAAACGAGGCUUCCGUUCCACCUGAGCAGCAGAUGGAAGAAACACGGCCCAAUGCAUCUGCUGCUGCGCCACUUUCAGUAAUUAUUCCAAUGUCAAAAUCCAAAAUAGCACCAUACAGAACUGUGAUAAUAAUGCGAUUGAUAAUAUUGGGUCUUUUCUUUCAUUAUCGAGUUACCAACCCUGUUGAUAGUGCUUUUCCUCUGUGGUUGACAUCUAUCAUCUGUGAGAUCUGGUUUGCAUUUUCCUGGGUGCUAGAUCAAUUCCCUAAAUGGUGUCCUGUCAAUAGGCAAACUUUUAUUGACAAUCUGUCUGCAAGGUUUGAAAGAGAGGGUGAAACCAAUGAACUUUCCGCUGUUGAUUUCUUUGUCAGUACAGUGGAUCCUUUGAAAGAGCCACCAUUGAUCACUGCCAAUACGGUGCUCUCUAUCCUUGCUGUUGACUAUCCAGUGGAUAAAGUAUCAUGUUAUGUGUCAGAUGAUGGUGCUGCAAUGCUCACAUUCGAAUCUCUUGUGGAGACUGCUGACUUUGCAAGGAAGUGGGUGCCAUUUUGCAAGAAGUUUUCAAUUGAACCAAGAGCACCCGAGUUUUACUUCUCUCAGAAGAUUGACUACCUGAAGGACAAGGUUCAACCUUCUUUUGUGAAGGAGCGUAGAGCAAUGAAGAGAGACUAUGAAGAGUACAAAGUACGAGUUAAUGCUUUGGUAGCUAAGGCUCUGAAAACACCAGAAGAAGGAUGGACAAUGAAAGAUGGUACCCCUUGGCCGGGAAAUAACUCACGUGAUCACCCUGGCAUGAUUCAGGUUUUUCUUGGACACACUGGUGCCCGUGACACAGAAGGAAAUGAACUUCCCAGGCUGGUUUAUGUUUCCAGAGAGAAAAGACCAGGUUACCAACAUCACAAGAAAGCUGGUGCAGAAAAUGCACUGGUGAGAGUGUCUGCAGUUCUCACAAACGCUCCCUUCAUUCUCAAUCUUGACUGUGAUCAUUAUGUUAACAACAGCAAAGCCGUUCGGGAAGCAAUGUGUUUUCUCAUGGAUCCAGAAGUUGGUAGAGAAUUGUGUUAUGUGCAGUUCCCCCAAAGAUUUGACGGUAUUGAUCGUAGUGAUCGAUAUGCCAAUCGUAAUACAGUUUUCUUUGAUGUUAACAUGAAAGGACUUGAUGGCAUUCAAGGACCAGUAUAUGUGGGAACUGGAUGUGUUUUCAAUAGACAUGCACUUUACGGGUAUAGCCCUCCUUCUAUGCCCAGCAUACCAAGAUCAUCGUGCUGUUGCUGCCCCUCGAAGAAGUCCACCACAGAUGGCGUUUACAGAAACGCAAAGCGAGAAGAACUUCAAGCUGCUAUUCAUAAUCUCAAGGAGAUUGACAAUUAUGAUGACAAUGAGAGGUCAAUGCUGAUUUCUCAAAUGAGCUUUGAAAAAACUUUUGGCUUGUCUACUGUUUUCAUUGAAUCUACACUGAUGGAGAAUGGAGGAGUGCCUGAAUCUGCAGAUCCGUCAAUGCUGAUCAAGGAGGCCAUUCAUGUAAUCAGCUGUGGAUAUGAAGAAAAGACUGAAUGGGGAAAAGAGAUUGGUUGGAUUUAUGGUUCAGUAACUGAGGAUAUCUUAACGGGGUUCAAGAUGCAAUGUCGAGGAUGGAAAUCAAUUUACUGCAUGCCUUUGAGGCCUGCAUUCAAAGGGUCUGCACCUAUCAACCUGUCUGAUAGAUUGCACCAAGUCCUUCGAUGGGCACUUGGAUCAGUUGAAAUUUUUCUAAGUAGACACUGCCCCCUCUGGUAUGGAUUUGCUGGAGGCCGUCUCAAAUGGCUGCAGAGAAUGGCUUAUAUAAACACCAUUGUGUACCCUUUUACAUCCCUUCCUCUUAUUGCUUAUUGCUGUUUGCCAGCCAUCUGUCUCCUCACAGGAAAAUUUAUCAUACCAACGCUCUCCAACGUUGCAAGUGUUCUCUUUCUUGGACUUUUCCUCUCAAUCAUAAUAACCAGUGUGCUUGAGCUGCGGUGGAGUGGUGUUAGUAUCGAAGAUUUGUGGCGUAAUGAGCAGUUCUGGGUGAUUGGAGGUGUUUCAGCCCAUCUAUUUGCUGUGUUCCAAGGAUUUCUAAAGAUGCUGGCUGGUGUUGACACCAACUUCACUGUCACUGCUAAGGCUGCAGAAGACGGUGAGUUUGGUGAACUUUACCUUGUCAAGUGGACUACUCUCUUGAUUCCUCCAACAACCCUUAUCAUUGUUAACAUGGUUGGUGUUGUUGCUGGAUUCUCUGACGCACUUAAUGGGGGGUACGAGUCUUGGGGACCCCUCUUUGGGAAAGUGUUCUUUGCAUUCUGGGUGAUUUUUCAUCUCUACCCAUUCCUCAAAGGUCUCAUGGGUCGCCAAAACCGCACGCCAACCAUUGUUGUUCUCUGGUCAGUGUUGUUGGCCUCUGUCUUCUCUCUUAUUUGGGUCAAGAUAAACCCAUUUGUUCACAAAGUUGACAGUGAAGCCAUCUCCGAAACCUGCGUUGCCAUAGAUUGUUAACUGAGGUUUUGAAAAUAUGUACAAGGGUGUCCUAAGUAUUUAUAUUAUCUAUGAACGUUAAAAAUAUAGAUUUUUUAUGUGCAUUUUGAAAUUCAAGUUGUUGUCCAAUUUAUAGUCA